AUGUCUGACGAAAGAGAAGAGUACCCAUUGUUCACCAUUCAAAAAGAAAAUGAAACUUUCCAUUAUUUUCUAAGCUAUCAGAAGACGGAGGUUUCCAAUAUCAAUUUCCAAUUAGUCAACAAACCCAAUGGCGAAGAAAGUUCAAGCACAAUUAUCAACAAGGAUAACCUACCUGAACAUUUUAAAAAUGGAAUCGAUAUUGUGGUGAUUGAUUCUGUAAACUCAGGGAUUGGAAGAAAAAAUAGAGAUAUUUAUCAAAGUGUUAUUAAACCAAUCUUUGAUCAAUUAGAUAUACAACAUACAUAUUUGAAAACAACAUCUUCAGAUUCCAUAACAGAUUUUGCUAAAACUUUAGAUUUGACAAAAGAGCAUACAAUAUUGCUAAUCUCUGGUGAUACUUCUAUUAUUGAACUGAUCAAUGGAUUACCUAAAGAACAAGGCCCUGAUAAACAUGAUCUUAAUUUGAUUUUGAUACCUUUAGGAACUGGUAAUGCUUUAGUGUCUUCAGCGGGUGUUUUUUCAGAAGUUGAUGCCAUCAAAAAUAUUUUCAGUCAUGAUAAAUCAUCAUUCCCAUUAUAUGAAGCUCAAUUUCCUCAAGAUUCUUAUGCUCCUUAUUUGAACAAUCGUCCAAUUGAUAAAGUGAUAUUUUCAAUCGUGAUAUCAUGGGGUUGUCAUGCACAAAUGGUUUAUAGAGCUGAAGCUCCAGAAUUAAGACCGCUAGGUGUUGAGCGUUUCAAAAUUGCAGCUGCUGAAAUGUUCAAAGGGAAAUUAGACUAUAAUUGUGAUAUUGUCAUACUUGAAGGCGGUCAAGAGAAAAGAUUCACCGAAUCAACUAUUCAUAAAUAUUCAUCUAUAUUAGCAGUUCCAAGACUUGAAAAAAAUUAUAAUGUUUCACCAGACAGUCAAUUGAAAAAAAGUGAAUUACACGUUUUAGAAUUUGGUGAUAUUCCAUUACCAGAAUUUAUCGGAUUAUUACAUGAACCUUAUAAAGGUCGUGCUCAUGUUGAUCAUGAAAAGACAAUUUAUGAAGCAGUUCAACCUGGAAGGGAAAUUAUUUUGAGAUUAAAUGAAGAAGAUGAAGAGCGUUCUGUUAUAUGUGCUGAUGGUAUCUCUGUUAAAGUUAAAAACGCACUUGGUAAAGAAGUUAAAAUUAGAUUCUUAAGCUCUGAUGAUUUAAACUACAAAUUGAAUUUGGUAGGAUUAGCAUGA